AGCAUUGUCUGGUCCUUGAUGCUCUCUGAGCUGGGUUGUUUUUUUGCAGACAUUUCAUUACCCAAACGAAUAUUAUCAGUGCUUGUGAGGGUGUUCCCUAGCUUGGUAAUGAAACAUCUGCAAGAAAACAACCAAGCUCAGAAGGAGCCCUCAGCUUCCUUGAACCAAGCAACAUGCAUUGCAAGGAGGCAACUCAUAAGCCCUCCUGGUAGCACCAGGCAGGGCCGAGACACCAACAUUGCUUUGAAGAAACAAUUGUCUAGGUUUAGAGGUCUCAUGUGCUUCUGAAGAUAAGAUAAGGACCUCCAGGAGAGAAUCACACUUCUACAGCUAUCGUGAUGGUGUGUCCUUCCUCGUUAUCUCUGCACGGACUUUGUGAAGGACAUGUGUCAGUCAAACCUACAACAAGACAAAAGGACCUCCUGCACUAUAUGCAUGCACGUUCUAAAAGACGCCCACAUGAUGAGCAUGAGUGAUUUCCUUAAUCCUUCGGAUAUUGCUGCCGCAGUCCAGGAUUGUCAAGCUCCAGGUAGUUUCAACUGCAGAAAAUUCUUCCAGCUUUCUGGUAUGUCCAAAAAGAGCAGCAACCAAAUCAAGGGUAUAUUUCAAAUUCUAGAUCGUGAUAAAAGUGGAUUUAUUGAAGAAGAAGAGCUCCCUUACUUCCUCCAGAGGUUUGAGCCCGGGGCUCGCUUGUUAACACCAACAGAAAUCGAAAAAUUUCUGGCGACGGGAGACCACGAUGGAGAUGGAAAAGUUGGGGCUGAAGAAUUCCAGGAGAUGGUACAAUCCUAAAGGACCAGAAGCGGCUUGCGUGAUGGAAGAACUUCUGUCCAGAAAGAGUUCUCUUGAAACUUUCAAACCCAAGGAUCCUUUCUUAUAAUUUGCCUCCUA